AUGAAUCCCGACGUCAAUAGUUCUCGAGUGAACGUAUCGCUGAAAGUGAAUUUCUAUUUAUUACGGCUCUUUUAAUGUAGAUUUACAGACGGAGAUGAUGAAGUACACAACGGGAGUUCAAUUGGCUCGGCCAUCAUCAUCUUCCGAUCCUCUUCUUUUUUGGAAGACUCACAAAAACGAAUAUCCGAUUCUCUCGUCGAUCAGCAAAAACUUGCUGGCCGUGCCGAGCAGCUCAGCAGCCACACAACGGCUAUUCUCGUACGUGUUUGUUAUUUAGAACGCAAAUAAAUGGAACCUUUUCCAGAUCCGCGACAUACUUGACAAAUAAUGAGAAACGCAAUCGGAUGAAGGCGGAUACACUGGACGCCGCCAUCUUGCAGGUGAUGUCCAAUUCAAACUUGCUAAAGUAAGUGUUUCUAACCGUUAUAAUCCAGUUAUAAUUUUUUAAUUUUCAGCGCCAAUUCAAAAAUGUUCACGCAGAACGGAGAAGGUAUCGACGAUGAAGAAGAUUUGGAAAUUGAGCGGACUGUUGAUACCAUCUCUCGAACCAGCCAGAUCCAUCGAGCCAGCCAGGUCCUUCGAGCCAGCCGGGGACCUUGAAACUGCGACUGCGUGCAAAUGCACAUAAGAAGUUGACCAAGUAAAAAAAACCGGUACCUCCGAAGACGAAGAAACGAGUGCCAACUCCGCUUCCAGAUGAAAUUCUGAACAGCGAUGACUCUCUAGAAUUGCCCUAAUUUUAUCGUGUGCCAUUUCGAUCCUAUUCAGUUGUUCCCUAUGAAAUCCCUAUGAUAUGUUCCCUUUCAAUGUUCCCUCUUGUUCCCUAUGAAAUGUUAACUGCUUCGUCAUCAAUUUCGAAACGUUUUAUGUAAAAAUUACAGAUAGUUCGACGAACGGCGGAAGAUUGUUUAUUAAGAGAAAUACGAAAGAAAACCGGUUUUCAAUUGAAAAAAGAAAAUCCGAGUCGACGGUGGAUGCAAGCGCGCCUCAUUGACAACUCGCUUCCGCAUUGGAAUGCUGGAAAUUUUUUUUUGUUCUUUUCCUCUAUUCGAAAACCCGGCUCGUUCGUUCAGCCCACCUAUGUGACUGAAAAACACUGUGGCCACUGUACGCGGUGUAUUUUUUAAUGAAAAUGUAUCAGAAAAUAUGUCAAAAAUUGUAACAAACGACAGAAAUUGACCGAGACUUUUGGAGGUGCGAGAAAAAGCGAGACGAGAAAGGACGAGACGGCGGAAUACGGAAUUGAAUACCUUAUCACUGGAUUCUCGACACCACCGACUCCAGUGCACGCGGCAACGUUCAUCAAACGAUGGAAGACAACUGAUCAGAGUGCUCAAUUCGGCUUCACCUACACGUCUGUUGCGCAGGCGGGAACGCCCACCAAAGGGAUGGUGGGUGAAUUUCAAUGUGCAACCUAUCAAGACGCUCUAAACUUCCGAUGUGGAUUCGAUGAGCAUUUGUGCAGUUGCAUCGCGCAAGGAACCGUGCUCAGAUGUCCGUGUCGACACUUUCACCUCGAUGCGGUGCUCAAGAAGACGCUACUACCGAGAGGUGAAGCAGGGAUCGCCAUACUAACGGAAGGAGAACUGAUCAACACGAAGCUGACAACGAGUUCUUUGGUUUCGAUUCAACUACAGUUCAGGAAUCAAUCAAUUCAUCGGAUCGUGAAAGACGACAACUGCAGCAUUGCAACGACGACGAUCACGGGUUGCUUCUCCUGUGGAAAAGGAGCGUUGUUGACUGCGACGUGUACCUCCAUGGUUCACAAAAGGAUCGAAGCGACAGUCAAGUGCCCGACGAUUGGAGUGGAUUUUCUAGAAUGCGGUAUCAACGGAGUGCGAGGGAAAAUCAAUUUCCAUUCGACCCAGCGGAAGAUCGAGGAAACUUGUUCCAUUUCGUGUGGAACAGUUAAGCAGGAAUUCUCCUUGCAAGGAGAACUAGCGGAAGAAGCAACGUUCGAUGCGUCUGGACUUCGGGAUCGGUUUGCGGAAUUCACUCAGAAGAUCGGGGAAGGAGGAAUUUUCGACGUCAUCACGGGAAAGAUAGCUGCCGUUUGGAGCACCAUCACUUCAUGGAUCGGCUCGGGAAUCGUCAUCAUGGUUGUGCUGGUUAUCGGAGGAGUAUGUUGUGUCCAGUGUGUCGGAGGAACGUCGGUUGGCUGGCGCUACAUUCCCUUGGCACGGGAGUGUCGCAGAUCGCGAUAUCGACGACGGAGGAGAUGAUCAAUGACCACAGAACAGAGCAUUCCCAUCGACUCUCACGAUAAUAAUAACCAUCCCCAUUCCUCACCGUUCCCAGGCACAUUCACGGUGAUUCGAUUAGCGGAACUCCGUUAAAUACCCCGGAAUCGCUCUUCUCAGUAUAUUCUCUUCUAUUCUUUCUUCUACUUUCUACAUUCUUCGACUUCUACGAUUCCUUCCGAAUAAAUCGUUACACCAUAGCCCGCACCUGUUUGUACAGAUGAAGGCGACAAAUGAGCAGAUCGCGAGUAAUCUCAUUGCGGGCAGUUCAACGGAUAACGGCAACGGUCCCUCGUGCAAAUCGUCUAGGAUUUGUAAAGUGUUCGACCAGCACGUGCGCGAUUUGAGCGAGAUCGAACGAUACGAAUCGGAAGCAGCAGUGGUGUCUUUCAUUGGUACUCUCUCGAAACGUCACAGACCACGAGCAGAUCUCGGACUCAACAGCUUGUCGGACUCGUUUUACGACACUCCCGCCUCCUUUCCGUCGAUCUCAUCGUUCCCUAAUAAUUACUGA